AUGGACUUGGUCAAUAAUGCUGCUGAUCCCAGAGAUCCUCCUUCAGACAAUACUUCCCAUCCAGAUAAGCAAUCUCCAUUAAUAGCAACUACCAGUCAAGUGGAGGAUAAUAACCAGAUUGUGCUGGUUAGCAGUGACUCAGCAACUCAGCAGCAUCACCAAGCAAAUUCACCUAAACCUUCUGAAGAUGAAAACUUCAAACAUCCUGUUUCUACUGAGAGAAUGCAUUUGGAGAAAGAUGGUCACACACAGGAGAAAGAUAAAUCCAUGGACUUAGAUGUAACUCUUCCCCUUCAACUGGAAACCAAUACUGGACAUAUAGAUUCUAUGGUGAUACAAAUUCCACCAACAAGGACAUGGAAAAGAUCAGGUGACAAAGAUGGAAGGCUCCAAAGGCAAAACAACAGCAUUGGAGAUUGA